UUAUUAUGUAACAGUUUGAGAUCUGUAACUGCGUAAUUUAUGUUUUUCUGCACUUCGAAACGUGUGUAUGUAAUUAAGCGUAGGAGAGAAAAAGAGGACAGAUGAAAAUUCUCGGUGCUGAAAAGAACAGAACACUGUAAUAGUACAUGGAGCGUGUGUAUUUUUUUUCGAUUGGCGACUGUGAUUUCCGUUGCGAGAAUGAUUCAGUAAUGUUACAGAGCGUUACGUGGUAUCGUAUAGUUUUAUAUAAUAAUCGAGAUUCUCAGAGGCGGUGCAAAGAUAUAAAAUACGAUGAAAUCUUGUGCUGCAAUCUCAGUAUAAAGCACAGCGUGUUAAAGCUGGACGUGUAGAUCCGUAGACGCAGUCGGAAUCUCAUUAAAUUUGUUAGCUAUAACAGCCGUAAAGAUGUUGAUGAAGAUUCUGCCGCUGCACGAGCUGUUGCACGUGUUAGCCUGGUUAGAGGGCACUUGGAUAACGGAUGAGCCCGCGGUGGGCAUAUUUCCGACUAUCAAGCCCUUUAAUUAUUACGACCAGAUAAAUAUUACGUCUACAGGUCAGCCGUUGUUAAACUAUGUCGCGCAGAGCUGGCAUCCGGAAACGGGGGUGCCACUGCAUCGGGAAACUGGCUUUUUGCAGAUCUUACCGGGAACCAAGAAGAUCGUCCUUAGUCUGAUUGAUAACAUAGGGUUGUUUACGGUCGAACAGGGCGAUCUGGUGAACGACGAUAGCGGUACCAUUGACUUGAGGAGCACUAAUAUAUUGACGACAGACGCCUCGAUACCGCAUUUUCCGACUUUAACAGAGACGCGUCGGGUGUACAAACGCAACGGCGACAAUUUGGAGCUCGUUUUCUACAUGGCGACGUCGAAGACACCGGAGUUGACGGAGCAUUUGCGUGCAAAGUAUAGAAAAGUGGCUUGAAGAUCCGUGAAAGAUUAUGUAGGAUCCAUGUAUGCGAAAAGCUUUGUGUGCGAAAAGACAUGAAAGUAGGGAAGAAUCUUUAAAUACUACGAAUUAUCUUUCUUCAUUAUUUUUGUAAUUAUAAAUUUAAAUAGACAGUAAAAACAUUUUCUCGCAAAAUACAAAUGUAUUCCUAUAGUUAAUAAAUAGCAACAUAGAUUUAAUUUA